AUGCAUACUACACCGUGCAAGAAGAUCAAACAACUCAAACCAACUGAGCUUUCAACAUUUCAGCUUACUCUCACAAACUCUGCUACUACAUCUCCUUUCACUUCUAAUACUGUCGCAGCUCGCCCUCGGAAGCAGCGACAGGCUAGUUUCAAGACCAGGAAAACCACCGCAGAGGCCAAGGAUACCGAAGGGCUUAAACACUGGAAGACUCCGGCGAAAAAGAACGGAAAAGCUACAGAACUACAAGAGGGAUGGUAAAGAUUGUCAAUGCCUUGAAAUUACCUCAGAUCAGCAGACGACUACUCGGUUUUUCCAAAGCAUAGCGGCAGCUAACGGAAACCGCAACAUCUUCGAAAUCUUGCCGCCCGAGCUUAUCCUCCGGGUCCUUCUCUUCAUAGAAGGAUGGGAUCUUAGAAGGAUCAACAUUGUGUGUAUUAAGCUCACUAACCGAGCUGCUACUAAAU